AUCCCAGAGGGCGUGAGAGAUGGAGGGUUUCCUCUUGGCCACUAAUCAGAUGUAGCACGGUAGUUUUCACCCGCGCAAUUUCAGAUCACCUCCGAGAGAUUACUACUCGUAGCAAGAUCUUGAAACUCCCAAUGAAAGCGAUAGAAAUUCUGGCAGAUCACACCAAAUCACAACCCAGAGCAAUGUUAUGCUGAUAUUUACUUACCUCGCCCACGAUUUUAGUAAUUCAACGUUUCCUGCCGAAUAUCCAACAUUAAUCGCUCUAGAUAGACAUGGCAUUUGUUACCCCCGAGAAACUGAUCAAGACACCCAAUGACAUUGAAAAAUGGCAUAAAUCAGAAACAUAUUCGGAUUAUAUAAGGUUUAUCACGGGUAUUGGAGAUGGUCUCAAAAACAAGAAGAUCCACGAUCCCAACAUAGCAAUUGGAGAGUCUGCUCAAAAACUCAUUGACUUAUUGGAGACCUUAUCUGGAUGGGUGGAUGACAUCAAACCGUUUGAAACCCCCAACCGAUUUGGAAACAAAGCUUUUAGAGAUUGGCAUGCCAAGCUCAAAGAAAAUGGCACCUCCUUAUUAAGAGACAUCUUGCCUGAUGCCCUGAAAGAUGCAUCGGAUGAACUCUCAAUUUAUCUGGUCGAGGCCUUUGGAAACGCCACCAGGAUUGAUUAUGGAACGGGUCAUGAGAUGGCGUUUGUCAUGCUUCUAUUGGGCUUGAGUAAGAUUGAAUACUUGACCGAGGCCGACAAGGAUGCCAUGGGGCUGCCAAUAUUUGACAAGUACAUGUGCUUGACCCGAAAGUUGCAGAAAACUUAUCGAAUGGAGCCUGCCGGUUCUCAGGGAGUGUGGUCGUUGGACGACUUUCAUUUUAUUCCAUACAUUUGGGGCGCCGCCCAAUUUGUAUCCAACUCGAGGAUAUCCCCGAAAUCCAUCCCCAACGAAGACAUGGCUCAAAGUCUAGCUCGCGACUAUCAUCUUUUCGGCUGCAUUCAGUACAUUUUUGAAGUGAAACAGGGUCCCUUUGCCGAACAUUCCAAUCAGCUAUGGAACGUGAGCGGAGUGGCUACCUGGGACAAGGUUUAUCAGGGACUGGUCAAAAUGUAUCGUGCUGAAAUCCUAUCCAAGUUCCCUGUGAUCCAACACGUGUAUUUUGGGUCAAUUUUUACUCUCCAACCAGCCAAGAAUCCUUUGUCGGAGGUUCCUAAUUCACACCGUAGACCGGAUCCAAGCUCCUUCAGAGGUGCUCAAAUGCCCUCUGUCCCGCCAACUGUGUCAAAUCCAAGAAUGGUUCCUGGCAACUUCCCAAGGAUGGGUCCACCCCCAUACGAAGGCAUUCCUAAACAGACUUGAAUAAAUCAUUUAUAUUUAUGA